GACGAUGAUCCACUUCACAUUUCCCUAAAGGCCUGUUAUGAUACCACCCAGUCCAAAAUCGCCCAGCUCUUCUCGAAUCAACCCCUUCCGCUACAAAACCCAGAAUCCAAAUCACAUCGUCCUGCUCGCGACCAAUCACCCGUCAACCACUCCACCCCACCCCCACCUCCUCCUCCGCCCAAGAGACCUGCGCGCACCAUUGAUGAAGAUGACUACGGUGACGAUGACGACGACGAUGAAGAGAACGAGCGCGACCAACAAACCCAACAAUCACAGCCCGCUGCCGAGUCCCCUUCACGCUCAGGGCAAGCCGCCUCACCAUCCUUGUCACUCAAGCCGACCAUCACUCGCACCAGUACUUCAUCUGGUUCCUCAGAUAAUGUCAAGUCCUCGGAAGAUGUGCGCAAAAAACUCGAGCAAGACAAGAAGGCGGCCGAAGAUGCGGCGCGAAAGAGUUUCCAUAUCAUGUUCUAUACCCUAGAGGCAGACCGAGACGCUAUGAUGGAGCAGCAAAAGCUGGAUGAGCUGGAUAGACAAGUCGAGAACGAGAUGUCUGGCGUAGCCAAUCCUGCCCCAACCUCUGAUCCAUCAGGUGUUCAACAGGGUUCUCUCAGCAACGCGGAUCUUGGUGCAUCCAGCUUGACCCUGAAAAAUCUCAUUGCUCGGAUAGACGCCAAACGAACAAUGGUCAACGCAAAUGACACCCAACUUCGUACUCUGAUCAGUGAAGUGCGCAAAGGGCGCAGUAAAUGGGCCAGCGAGGAAAAGGUUGGCCAGGAAGAGUUGUACGAGGCUGCCGAGAAGGUUUUGAUGGAACUCAAGGCCAUGACUGAAUACUCGACUCCUUUCUUGCAGAGAGUCAAUAAGAGAGACGCCCCCGACUAUUUUCACAUCAUCAAACAACCCAUGGAUAUCGGUACCAUGAUCAAGAAGCUCAAGAGCUUUUCAUACAGAUCAAAGAAAGAGUUUGUGGGCGAUUUGAAUCUCAUAUGGGCCAAUUGUCUCACCUACAAUGCCGAUCCCGCUCAUCCUUUACGCAAGAAGGCUCUUUAUAUGCGCAAAGAAACCGACAAGCUAGUGCCUCUUAUUCCCGACAUUGUCGUAAGAGAUAGAGCAGAGGUGGAAGCUGAGGAAAGGCGUCUACAAAAUUUGGAUGUCGACCUCGAGGGAGGAGAGGACAGCGACGAUGAUCAACCUAUCAUGGCAUCUCGUGGCCGCAAAGCACCAGGCAAGAGCAAAAAGGGACAAUCAAAUACUACUCGACAGACAACUCCUGGUGCACCAGAAGGCACUCCUGCAGCUGAGUCUAAGCCUGCAAUUCACGCAUCUGCAUCUAGUCUGCGCAACGAGUUCCUACGUGCCGAUUCAGAUGCUCCUGCUGAGGCCAGCUCAAAUGGGUUCUCCACGCCACCUCCACCUGGAACGAUCACUCCACUUGGGAUGAACGGACUUAGUCAAGCUGAUUUGAUGGAAGUAGACGGUGUCGGAAACUCAAUUGUCAUUAGCUCACAGAUCGAGGACCUGGAUGAGGACGACGCUGAGUACAAGACCUGGAAGCAAGUCACCAAGAAAGACAGAGCUAUGGCUGCUGCUGAAAGAAACCGCCUGUUCCGCGGUGACCAUCUCAACCCUGAUGAACCAGCAUUGUUGCGCACAAAAGCAGGGAUGCGGAGAUGGCUUCGACAACAGAAGCAAAUCAUGGCAGAUCCGUCCAGCGCGCAAUCAAAAUCUGACGGCGAUGAACCGGAGCCGGAUACGAGUACCACAGGCGAAACUCUCGCCGAAAUCCAGAAGGAUCAGGAUCGAACACUCCCGGACUACUACGAUGUGUUGGCAGCAAUUCCUGAUCUGAGUGAUGAACUAAAAUGGACUGAAGACUCAGAAGGCAAAGUGAUACCUCAGGUCGAGGAUUAUCUGCGCGUCUUUCCAAAAGAACAAUUUACAUCUGCGGAAAGCGGUCUUACCAAACGUAUGGAAGCGAACAUGAGACAGAUGCAAGAGACUCGAAAAGUCUGCGCAAAGAUCGGCAUUGUCAAGCAAAUGCAGAUCCAGGCUCAGACUUAUCAAAAUCAGUUCCAAAAGUACGAUCCCCAACCUUUCGUGGAACAAGAUAUUGGCGCUGUCGCUGUGUCAGAAGAUGGCCCUAUCAUGUCACCAUGGGUCUGUCGCGCUGCCUUCCAGAGAGCUGUAGGGAAGAUCUUCUACCAUGCCGGGUUCGAAGAUUUUCAGCCCUCUGCACUUGAUGCCGUCACAGACAUAGCCAGCGAUUUCUUCCAAAAGCUUAUCCGCACUUUCACUUUAUACAACGAAGCACCUAAGACUGAGCUGGACGCUCACAAUUUCGGCGCCGAAGAGCAGGUCCUUCACUGUCUUCACAAAAAUGGUCUAGAUCUGGAAUCGCUCGAAACAUAUGUCAAGGACGAUGUCGAAAGGUUGGGAUCAAAGUUGGGUGUGGUCCAUGAACGCAUGAAGGCACAUCUCGCCGAUUUACUGCGACCUGCUCUGGGCGACAGUGUUGGCGCAGAUGGCGUUGGUGCUUUCAACGAUGGCAGUGAUCAGUUUACCAGUGGUGACUUUGCUGCCGACGUCGAUGAAGAUUUCUUCGGUUUCAAAGAGCUUGGUCUGGCCGACGAAUUUGGUUUGGAGAGUCUCAGUGUGCCCUUGCAUCUGCUACAGAACCGCAUGCACAGCGCUUACCAGGCCAACCAUACCAGCUUGAUCACUUCAUCUGGUGUCGUGUUUCCUGUACCUGCUCCUUACGAUCCGAUCUCGACGGACAACUUGCCUUCUCAGAUUGGACUGGUCCAAGACUUCUUCGCGACCAAACUUGCUGCUAAUCAAGGACGACCCUUGGUUGACGAUGAAGAUUUGCCGACCAAGCAGCGCUUCCCUCGACCUCGUCUGCCGCCUACUGGAAAGAUCAGCAGUCCAAGAAAGCGACCAAUCCGUGAGCAGCAACAAGCCGCCAAGAAGCGCAGAAAACUUGAGGAGAGCAAAGAAGAAAAUAAACUGGUGAAACCGAUUGGACCACUAAAAUUGGCGUUACCAGGAGCCAAAGAUAAAGAUCCAGAACCCGAGAAAGAUCACGAAGGGAAGAAUGCCAUGAUGAGUCCGCCCGAGAGCAUU